UGGAGAGGAUUGUGGCAGAAACUGCUCCGACAGACACUGUAGUGACACCUCCUCGCCUAGAUGUGAUCACGUGACUGGGUGUGUGACGGAGGCUGCAGCCCCGGAUGGAAGGGUGUCGACUGUACAACAGGGUGUGUCCUCGAUGUAGAGUACGGUGCCGGAUGUGUGGGUAACUGCAGUGCCCGGAUGUGUGAGGGAGGGAAUGUCACCUGUCCCCCGGAUACAGGUGUCUGUGAGAACGGAUGCCAGCCAGGGUGGACGGGAGAAGACUGUAUACACAGGACUGUUUCAUCUCAUCAGUCCAAGAGUGAUGUGACUGGGGGUAUCGUUGGUGGUGUGGUAGCCGCGGCCGUGGUUGUACUGGCUGUUGUAGUUGUUGUGCUUUACAGGAGACAACACAAAGCCAACAGUACCAACAAGGGGAACUCGAUCUACGAGGACAUAACAGCUAUGGGACCAGAAGGAAACCAGAUAGAGGCAUCCCGGGAAACAGACAGAGAGGAUGAGGAGGAGAUAGAGGAGGGGGCAGACAGAAGCUCCUACUACAACAUGACGACUCCGGUCACAGUGACGGAGGUGGCUGUCGACAAGCUGGGGGACAGAAUCACAGAACUCCAGGCUAGUGAAGGAGGAUUCGAACAGGAAUACAUGCGGUUGAUAUCCGGGUUUACACACACGUAUGAAGAUUCUCAACGUGAGGAGAACCGCGGCAAGAACAGAUUCCGGCAGUACUACCCCUAUGACUACAACCGAGUUGUCCUGGAGAGACGCCCCGGGGAUCCCUCCUCCGACUACAUCAACGCCAGCUACAUCAAUGGCUUCACAACGGAUCAAGCUUAUAUUGCAGCACAAGCACCAAACAAGAAAACGGUAGGCGACUUCUGGAGAAUGAUCUACGAGAAGAACUUGACCAGAAUCGUGAUGCUGACGAACCUGACAGAGGCAGGAAAGGUGAAGUGUGUCCCCUACUGGUCAGACACGUCGGACCUGAACGUGGACGUCUUCACCAUCUCCGUCACCAACAUCAGUCACAGAGCUCACUGGGUCAUCCGGGAACUCAAAGCCACAUUGAAAGAGACUGGCGAGAGUAGACUGUUUCAGCAUUUCCACUACACAAAAUGGCCAGAUCAUGGAACGCCAGAGGAAACGCCACUGAUGGAGUUCGUUUGGAGGAUACGAAAGACACCAAACCCUGACAAUACGCCCUUGAUGGUGCACUGCAGUGCAGGUAUUGGUAGGACAGGGACGUACAUCGCCGUGGACUACCUGCUGGACCGGACUAUGGCUGACCAGAAGGUGGACGUGUUCGGAUUUGUAAAUCUCAUGAGACAACAGCGGAGAAAUAUGAUUCAGACCAAGGAGCAGUACGCAUGCGUGUACACGACCCUACACGAGGCAGUGAUGAUGGGUGACACGACCUUGACCUCACCUGAAUUUAGACAAGAAAGACGAACAAAGAAGGUGUUCAAGAUGGGGACCACAUCAGUAUCUCAGAUGAUGCAGAGAGUUAAAGUCAGCAUCAAAGAACGUAAGUCAGCUGGGCGCAUCGAGGGCCGUGUAUGGGUGAACGGACGGACAGACAUCUUAGCCGUAAUAAUGCCAUCCCACCUGUCCAUGAAUGGCUACCUGUUGACUGAGGCCCCCUCCGUCACCACGGCGUCUCUGUUCUGGAAACUCACAGAGGAACAGGAGUCUUCCACUGUCAUUGUCCUGCCAGACUCGCACCAGGAUCUGGCUGGCUACAUGCCUUCUCUAGGACACAGCCUGGACCAGGGAACGGUGAUCGUGUCUUGUUCUACAGAGAACACACUCAACUCUGACAUCGUGCUCCGGAAGAUCGACAGGCAGAUGGAGGGCAGUGAAUCUUCACAACUGGUGCACGUGUAUCUUUUGAAGACCUUCCGGAAAGAUGACCAUUCCUCUCUGUUCUACUUCCUGGAUCAAGUUGACCUCAACACAGGGGAAGAUAACUCUCAUCCACUAACAGUUAUUUUCAGUGAACAUGAACGGCGAUCAGCUACGUUGUUCUGUAUCCUCAGCAACAUCGUGCAGGGCAUGAAGUACGACAACGUGGUGGAGAUCUACAACAACAUCAGACAGCUGGGACACCUGUGUGAUAAUGAUCUCUCUCAGGCUGACGUCUCGCUGUGUUAUGACAUGGCGUCAUCCUAUCUGGAGACACAGAGUAUUUACACCAACAUGUGAUGGGGUCCAGCACCACUGACCACGUACAUCCACUCUGAACAUGUCCAUCAGUACAAUUAACAUCAUCCUAUCUAGAGACACAGAGUAUUUACGCCAACAUGUGAUGGGGUCCAACAUCACUGACCACGUACAUCCACUCUGAGCCUGUCCAUCAGUACAAUUAACAUCAUCCUAUCUGGAGACACAGAG